AUGUAUGUAAAUCAUUUAAAUAACCCGCUACAUUGUUCUCAAAAUUGCUUUCCUUUGGUAACGUCUGGUGGCAUUGCUUUGUAGCCUUGUUGGUGUAUUUGCAUUUCUCAGGACCUUCACAGAACAUGCGCAUGUUCAUGUCAAGUGUAGUGCGAAGGAAAUAAUAUUUUGGCUUUCGGGGGCCUAAAAUUAGCUAAAAUGGUGAGCGCUUAAUAAAUUUACGAAUCAUGUUAAUUCAGCGAUCCCUGUGACUUGAUCUUACUGAAAAAUUUGCAGUUUCCUUUAUACGUCUGCGGCAGUGUGUGAAAAAAAAAGUUAAAAUAACCUAUCGUGAUCAACGUUAACGGUCCCUUUUAUAGUAAAUAUAAAUCAAUUUCGUGUUAUACCUGUUGGUUAAUGACAGUGUCCGAAUAGUGCGCGAUAUAUCUGAGCUGAGAAACUUCAUUGUCACCAAAAUGUUUUCAAAUUUUCGAAAAUCAUUCGACGAAGUGCUACUCAAAGCAGUAACAAUAGCCACUGUUACAUGCAACAAAGUCUUUAUUUAUACGUUCUCUUCCAUGUUGAUUCCGGCAUUGCAAAAAAUCAAAAUGCAUUGUAAUGCAUACAUACCGUUUACUAUCGAAUUUCUUGUUUAAUUAAUCUGGAUGCAGUGUUGUAUAAUGGAAACGCUUACAGUUUCUUUUAUAUUAGUAUUUAGAAAGUGUAACGACAAUAAUGUAACUAAUUUCUGUUACAGCAUAAGUUAAAGUUCUCGCAAAGAGAUAAAGUAAAAAAAUUCAUAACAUUUACACACACCGGAGAACAAACUGCAAUAUAUUGUUUAGCACAAAAUGAUUGGAAGCUAGACUUGGCAAGUGAUAAUUAUUUCCAAAAUCCAGAAGCAUACUGCAAGGAACCAAGAAAUACAGUAGAUAAAAAGAAAUUAGAAAUAUUAUUUAGUCGAUAUCAAGAUCCAAAUGAACCUGACAAGAUUACAGCAGAUGGAAUAAUGAAAUUUUUGGACGAUUUGGAUUUGAGCCCUGAAAGCAAAUUAGUGUUAAUUAUUGCUUGGAAAUUUAGAGCAGAAACACAAUGUGAAUUUACUAAAGAUGAAUUUAUGAAUGGAAUGACAGACUUGGGUGUGGACAGUAUAGAUAAAUUAAAAGCCUGUUUAAAUAGUUUAGAAAAUGAAUUAAGGGAUCCUCAAAAAUUUAAAGACUUUUAUCAGUUUACAUUUAAUUAUGCAAAAAAUCCAGGACAGAAAGGUUUGGAUCUUGAUAUGGCAAUUGCGUAUUGGAAUAUUGUAUUAGAUGAUAAAUUUAAGUUCCUGCCAUUAUGGUGCCAGUUUUUACAGGAACACCAUAAGAGGUCAAUUCCAAAAGAUACAUGGAAUUUAUUAUUAGACUUUGCACUUAUGAUUAAUCCUGAUAUGAGUAAUUAUGAUGAAGAGGGAGCCUGGCCUGUACUGAUAGAUGAUUUUGUAGAAUGGGCACAGCCCCGCAUUCGUCAGUCCCUCUAACAUUUUUUUAUUACAUUUUUAACUUCAUAUAAAAAAAAGCUUUAUUUAUUCAAUUAUAAAAUCGUAUAUUCUUCAAGUGAUAUUUGAUCAUAUUUUUCUGAUAGAGCAUCAUUUUACUUUGUGUACAGAAUACAUGGUAAUGAAGCAGGAGUAUUACAUUAGGAUCAAUUUAAUGUAUAAUAACUCUGUAAUGUAAACAGA